AUGGAUUUGGAAGUGGCUGCUGCACCAUUUGCUCCACCUUCUAGGGAUUUGGCCAAAUGUUGCAAUUGUGGAUGUAGUAGCUGUUCUACAGGCUCUUCCUCCUCUGGGCCCUGGAUAAAAUCUGUGAAGAGGAAAUAUGAUGAAUUUGAGGGGAAGCCUUUUGUUAUACCGGGUCUCGACCUCAUUUCAAAUCCACGGAUCCAAAUUGAGAAUGAAAUUGUUGCCCUGAGAGAGAGCGUCAGUAGCCAACAGCAGGCAAUCCAGGAUUUAUAUGCUGAACUGGAAGAGGAGAGAAAUGCUGCUUCCUCAGCUGCAAAUGAGGCCAUGUCUAUGAUUUUGAGGUUGCAGAGGGAAAAGGCCGAGGUCCAGAUGGAGGCAAGACAGUUCAAGCGUUUUGCAGAGGAGAAGAUGGCCCAUGAUCAGGAAGAGCUUGCGUCAUUGGAAGAUGUGUUGUACAAGAAAGAGCAGGCUAUUCAAUCUCUUACCUGCGAAGUGCAAGCCUACAAGCAUAGGAUGUUGAGUUAUGGGCUUACAGAGUCUGAGGUAGAAGGUGGGUUUAGCCGGAACCAGAGUAUGUCUGAUAAUAUGGGCUCGCAGUUUGAUUUCCCAGAAUAUGAUUACCCGCCACUGAAGUGCAAUAUGAAUGAGAACCAAGCUGCUGCUGAGGCUGAUGAAGAAGAAGUUGUGGAUGUUGAGAAAUAUGCAUUUGGCGAGACUCCUCGUUAUGGGGAAGUCCCUUGUCAUAACGAUACUCCUCGCGGUAACGAUCAUUUGAAGAAUCUGGAAUAUAGAAUCUACCAGAUGGAGAGGUCUCCUAGGAGCAGUCAAUUGGAUGCUGAUGUUUCUGGUGGGAAUGGGAAACAUAUUUUGGAGAAGGUGAUAGUUGGUCAGUCUCCAAGGAAGACAAGGCAUAAUCGGAUUCUUUCUGUUGAGAGCUCGGGUUCAUUGAGAGGGGGGGCGAGAGAAACAGCUACAGAAUCACCUUCAUACAAGUUCCCUAAUAGCUUUAAGAAAGCAGAUUAUGUUACUCAUCCGGAAGAACACAAGUUUCAAAGGAAGGCAGAUUAUAAUGCCUCAGAAUUUGAAGACGAGAUGGAUGACAGAGUUUAUACCAUUGAUUCUGUGCACAAUGGGGUAAAUGAUCAUAAAGAGGAUUAUGUUUCAAGCCCAAGAACAGAAAUGUUUGAUCAGCCUGACCUGAGUGAUCCUGAUAUAAAGAAACUAUACACAAGGCUCCAUGCACUUGAGGCUGACAGGGAAUCAAUGAGGCAGGCAAUUAUCUCAAUGCGUACUGACAAAGCACAAUUGGUACUACUGAAAGAAAUUGCCCAGCAGUUGUGCAAGGACAUGACACCUGAGCGUAGAGUACCGGUGAAGAAGCCCUCUAUUGCAGGAGCCCUUAAAUUCAUAUCUGUUGUCAAGUGGGUUACAUCCUUCGCCUUCUGGAGGAAGAGAGCUCGCCAAAGCAGCAGGUAUGAAUCUUCAGGGUCAGAUUUCAGCAUUGGGAGACAAGGAGAGAUUAGGCGAAGUCUGAAAGUCGGAACCAAGCGGGUGUCCAUCAGCAGUAUCAACAGGAAUACAGUUAGGAUGUUCAAACUGCAGGUGGAAGACAGCAGAAGGGGAUGGUUUGUCUUAUUAGACGAAAGUCAAAUCAUAUGGUUCCAAGGGACUCUUCAAACGGCGGCUAUGAGGGAUUGGAACUUUCCCUCCCACUGUGUCAAGAAGAGUGGUGCUCGCUCCAUCCAUAUCGGGAAGUUCAACAGCCACCGUGGAGAGUUCUUACAGAUCUCUGAACAAACGAGCACGGGCAAAGUCUUCAAAGUCAUCAUCCCGACCUCGGGUAACAAUCCCGGAUGGGCUAAGACGAUUCAUCUCCUUCAAGGAUUCUACAAAGCCGAACUACGCGCUCGUACUCACCACGUCCAAAUUGCAGAAUAUAUCCCGUCCGAAAGUGCCACACAGCCUGAUCGUCAUAUACAUUCUUACGCAGAUGCAGUCAAAUAUGGGGGCUUUUACGGAGGAGGAAAAUGCACCAUAAGAACCAAUCAUCAAGGAAGCUAUAUCGAUGUUGACAGUGAAGGGAUCAAGGAGAGGACCGACAUUCUUGACAGAAGCUUACUCAUCUCGUUCGAAACCAGUAGCAACAUCUUCUUCAGCAAAUGUCUGGUGCCUGAAUUUUGGAAAUGGGCCACAAAAGCCUGGGCUAUCGACGACAACUUUGCUCUUGAAGAUCGCUCUAACGGCAGCUGGCUGCUCAUCUGUCCGUCCAUCGCCGAUGCUUUGCGAAUUCGGAAAAUUGAGAGGUCGCAGUUCAGGGAUUUCACAAUCACAGUGAGUAGCUGGGAUGCCUUUGACACUCAUCCAUUGGAGUCAAUUGGAUGGAUUCUAGCCUUCAAUAUCCCGCUUCACCUCAAAAGCAUCGAUUUACUCAAAACUAUUGGCAAUUUCUGCGGAGGUUUCGUUGAUCUUGACUGGGAUUCUUGGUCUCUACCCUACACUCGUAUCAGAAUCAAGAAGAAUCCAAAUAUACCAGAGUUUAUUCCUAUUCGUCGCGGGACAAAUGUUUACCAUGUCAGAAUUCUCGUCCCCCCGUCGGAAAAAGAAGUCCCGCCGGAAGUUCCCUCUCGUCGGCGUCAGGGGCAGGAGAUCAAUAGACGUCCCUCGAUUUCUGCACCUUCCUUACCCGCAUGCAGCAACCGCCCACAACGGACGUGGCUCCCGAAUUCCAACAUGUUGGGUAGCCAAAACGUCUUGGUGAAUCAUGAAGCUUCUAGCGGGCCCUUCUCCCCUAACAGGAAAGAUGGACCCAAACGCAUUUGGGUACGUAAAGCUAGGCCCAUAAACUGGCCUGCCUCUGCUCUUCUCGUUUCUCAGCCCAAACCUCCAACCCUCUCCUCAUCUGUAUCCCUCUAUUCCAACCCGCCUGACCGCCAACUUCUACCUGUCCCUCGGCCUCUCUCGAUGUCGACCAAACCAACCUCUGUCCUUCCUUACUCAGUCCUCCUCAACUUCAUUUCUUCCCUCUUCCCCCUCCCUCGUUCAAUCAACACCCUUUUAAUCACCACCACACCUAUCCCUCACCGUAACUUUAACCAAAUUCUCACCUUAUCCGAUCCUCCCAGUUGCUUCUCCUUUUCCUUAUUUACUGAGCGCCGUAACCCCACUCUACCUCCCACCAUCCUAUCUCAAGCCUCCACCACCCCUCUCGCCCUCACUCCUCCACCUUCCGACCCAAUUAGCUGCACUCAGUCCGAAGUAUCCUGGGUUCCUGAAACCCCUCAAGGCUCUCCGACCUCCCCGUCCUUCAAACCUCUUUCCAGUGGGUCUUUGUCCAAGAGCAGUGAGUAUGAAUUGCAUUCCUCAGAAUUGGGUUGUGAGGAGUCUACCGCCGACCCCGAUACCCCCGUGCAGGACCUAUCUGGGUCCAAUGUCGGUGAUAUCGAAGAGAUGGACUUAUUGAGCGAAAGUAGAGCUCUUUCUGACGAUGAGAGAAGCAGAAGAUAUGAGCUGGAAAUCGAGCUUAAGAAUGCUCUGAUUAUGCAGGAAAUAUGCUGGAGACAGAAAUCCCGGGAACUAUGGCUUAAGUUCGGUGAUCAAAACUCUGGCUAUUUCCACAAAAUGGCCAACUUCAAGAGGAAAAUGAAUUUCAUCAGCAGGAUAUCCAUCAGAGGUGUUGUUUAUGAAGAUGGUAUUUCCAAAGAAUACAGCCUCUUUUGGAACUAUGCUUUUAUUGAACCUGGCAGCUGGCAUGGUACAUCCUUUUGGUAUGACUGUUGGGCUCCGGGCGUCAUCCUCGCCAACAUCUUUCCUCGUGUCGCUGCUGCUGCUUCUGACCCUAAGGCUUCUAUCGCUGACUUAGUCGACAUCUCUCGUGUCUCAGUGAUUCAGCGUUCCCGGGCGAUCCUUCCUUCCCUGGCGGCGCCGUCUGGAAAAGCACAAUCCCUUCCAAGAUUUGCUUCUUUAUGUGGACCAUAUUUCAUAACAGAAUCCUGA